CACUUAUUAUAUAAGCAGAGUUAGACUAACAUCGAAGAUCAACUAACAUAAAAAGCGAUGGCUCAGUUGGCGAAAUCCAUGAUAGAAGUGGAAAUCAAAGUAUCAGCUGACAAGAUUUUCCAAGCUAUUAAGGCUACUUCCCGCAGCGUACCAAAACUAUCUCCAGAGAAAAUACUUAGCGUGGAGGAGCAAGUCGGUGAUUACACCAAGAACUGGACUUUGUCUAUCGAUGGAAAAGUGGAGAAGAUGAAGGAGAGAGUUGAAAUAGACGAGGAGAACAAAUCAAUGACUGUGUUUGUGUUCGAUGGAGAUGUAAUGGAAAACUACAGUAGCUUCAAAUGCAACCUUCAGAUUAUACCGAAGCUCCAUGGAAGAAGUAUAGCGAGAUGGAGCUGGGAAUACGAGAAGCUUAACUCAGAUUCUCCAGCUCCUAACAAGUAUAUGGAUUUUGCGGUCUAUCUCACUAGAGAUAUUGAGUCUAAUCUUCUGAAAACAUAAAGCUCCCAGCCACUUGGUUAGUUGAAGAAUCCAAGAGAAGAACAAAAGUACAAGCGACUUGUUUUGGUUCUAUAGUGUAAGUGCAAUGAUGACAUCACACUAGUAGCGCAUCACACAAUAGUAGUGCAUCACAGUAGCAGUGCAGAAAAUAAUUCGAGAGAAAAAACAAUUACAAACAAACACUUAUGCUUUAUUAGAAAUUUUCUUUAAACAAUCUAUUACAAAAUUGUUUAUUCA